AUGGCAAGACUCGCUGAUGAUGCCGACUACGAUGCCGGCGAAGCGUCUGGAAAUUUUGUCACCCAUCCACACUGUCAGCAGCUGUUGGCCUCCCUUUGGUAUGAUGGUCUUCCGGGCUUUCGACGUAAACCACUUGUAUUCCAGUUGAGUACAGUUGCCCUCUUUUGUGUGCUUUUUCCUGUGCUGUCGAUGUGUUACCUGGUCGCGCCCCGUUCUAAAUGGGGCAGCAUCUUGAGAAAGCCGUUCAUCAAGUUUCUGGUCCACAGCAGCGCCUAUCUCGCCUUUCUUGGUAUGUGGUACUCUUUUUGUGGCUCAUAUUUGUACUUUUUUAUUGCUUAUUUCACACGCCAUUCCUGA